CGAGUUGAGUGCAAAUGACCUUUAUGUGGAUGAUCAUCUUUGCAGACCCAGCAUUAGCAGUACUGAGAUUGUGUUCAGCAUCCCACUUGACGCAUGUGGGACCACCAAAGAAAUGAUGAAUGGUUAUGUGUCCUACACCAACAAUGUGCGGGCCUCUCAGUCUCAAUCAGGUGAACUCACUCAAUCAGGUCAGCCACCGUUCCUGCUACGCAUGGGCUGCCGAAUGAAGCCGGACACCAUGGUGCAGAUAUUUUACAAGGCCAGGGAGAACAACAAUGCCAGCAUCCAGGAACGGAUGCUUCAAUGCCAGCAUUGGAAUUUCAACCAACAAAUUUAUGGCUCUCCAUAUGAGGUGGACCUGAAUCAGCUUCUGUAUGUUCAGGUUGAACUAAACAGGCCUGACAACAGUCUGGAUCUCUUCCUGGACACUUGUGUAGCGUCUCCAAAUCCCAAUGACUUCAAAAAUCGCUUCUAUGACCUGCUGUGUAAUGGAUGUCCCAGAGACAACACAUAUUAUUCCUACACCAGUGGUGAACACUACUAUGCUCAGUUCAGUUUCCAGGCUUUCAAGUUCCUCUGGACUCACGCCUAUGUGUACCUGCAGUUUAAGGGACUUCGAUGGUCGUGAAGGGCUCGGUGAAGUGCUCGGUGAAGAUCCAGUGAGGUGACGUAAAUCCAUACAAAGAGACGACAAGACGAUCAGGAACUCGAAGACAGGAACAAACUUGUAUGGGACAUCACAGGGAACCGGAGACACUCACAACAAACACCAAACAACGCUCUGACAAAGGAAAGGACAAAACAGUGAGUAUUUAUGGGAGUGUGAAUGAGCUGCAGCUGGUGUCAGUGAGUGUGAUCAGCUGAGCGCUAAUUAGUGAUGACACCUCGGUCACGCCCUACACACACACUCACAGACAUGUAAACAACAGAGCCACGAGACCCGAAGGAAACAGUGAAUUCAUGAACCGUGACAGUACCCCCUCUCCUAGGAACGCCUCCUGGCGUUCCCAGACUCCCUUACCUGUCGAUUGUAAUCAUCGAUAAGGGAGUGAUCCUGGAUGUUUCUCGCAGGUACCCAACUUCUCUCCUCCGGACCGUAACCUUCCCAGUCCACCAAGUACUGAACUCCACGUCCCCUCCGUCUUGAGUCCAGAAUACGGUUGACCGAAUAGGAUGGUUCCCCAUCUACGAGACGCGGCGGUGGGGGAACCGGAGCUGGCGGAUUAAUACGAGAGUAAAACACGGGCUUAAUUUUGGAGACAUGGAACACGGGAUAAAUUCUCCUGUACGCAGGAGGGAGGUUAAGGCGGACUGCCACCGGACUAACAAUCUUGGUGACAGUGAACGGGCCAAUGAAUUUGGGAGCAAGUUUAUUCGAGACGGACCGGAGAGGAAUGUUCUUAGUUGAAAGCCACACUUUGGAGCCGACGACGUAUACGGGAGGCCUAGACCGGUGGCGAUCGGCUUUGGCCUUGGUGCGCGCCCCCACCUGGAGUAGAGUCUCACGGGCUCUAGUCC